GUUAGGUUUAGUAAGGUCCAACAACUUCUACUCAAAGGACCUUCUGGGAGGUAUUAUUUGAUUGAGGGGAAUUCUGGCAUAAGAACAAUACAGACAACACUGUCUAUUAAGUCUGGUGUACUUGAAUUAUUUGCUGUAGAUGAGGGGGAUGAUGUUUUUCUAGCUAUUGACAUCAGCCACAAUGAUGAACCAUACCUAGUCACAGUAGAUGUUGCUACUGAAGGUGAAUCAAGUGAGGAAGAAGAUGAUGAAAAUGAACCUAAUCUAGUCACAGUGAAUGAACCUAAUCUAGUCACAUUGAAUGCUGGAAUAGAUGUCGCAACUGAAGGUGAAUCAAGUGAGAAAGAAAAUGAUGAAAAUGAGCCUUAUCCAAGUGACUACAAUAGUGAAGAAUUGGAAUCCUUUAGAUUGGAAAAGAAAAGAGAAAUUAAUGAUCAACUUGACAACUUUAAAGAGUUGGAAAAAGGUAUGAGUUUUAAGAAACUUGAUGAAGCUAAAAGGGUUGUAAAUUACUACUCAAUUGCUAGGAAGGUUGCCCUUAGAGUUGACAAGAGUGACUCUGUUAGAGUUAGAUAUAAAUGUAUUGUUGGUUGUCCUUUUGUGUGUCUUAUUUCUGAAGUUAAGAAAGGGAAAGGAUUUGAAAUUAAGACUUUGCAAACAAAACAUACAUGUCCAGAAGCAUUCAAGAAUAGAAGAGCUACUCAACAAGCUCUAGCACACUACUUUAAGAAUAGGGUCCAAAAUGAUCCUAACUGCAAAAUGACUGAAAUGAGAAAGAUUGUACAUGAUAAAUUUAAGCAUAAUAUUAGUUAUUCAAAAAUGAAGAGGGUUAAAAGACUUGUACUGGAAAAACUAGAUGGUAGCUAUGUUGAUGAUUUCAAUAAAUUGGAGGGUUAUGCUCAAGAGUUAAGGGACAGUAAUCCUAGUACUGAUGUAAUUAUAAACAUAUCCAAAGAGGCUUUAUUGGAACAUGGACUAAGCAAAAUUUUUGAGAAUGUAUAUUUGUAUUCAGGCUUUGAAAAGUGGUUGGAGAGCUGGUUUGAGACCAUUUAUAGGGUUAGAUGACACCUUUUUAAGAGGCAAGUUCAAGGGAAUUUUAUUGGUCGCACUUGGUCAAGAUUCAAUGAAGAAUGUCUAUCCACUUGCUUGGGCAGUAGUGGAUAGAGAAACUAUUAGAACAUGGAAAUGGUUCAUUGAGUUGCUGAGGAACUCAUUGGGGUUGACAGAUGGUGAAGGAUUGACAUUAAUGUCUGAUAUGCAAAAGGGCUUGAUUGGUGUUGUUAGUGCUUUCUUCCAAAAUUACAAGAUAGAUGGUGUGCAAAACACAUAGAAGCCAAUUGGUCUAAGUCUUGGAGUGGUGUACAGAUGAAGAAGAUGUUUGGUGGUUUGCUUAGAGUACAUAUGGAGGGGAAUUUGAAGACCAAUUAAAGUCCAUGGGUUCUGUGUCUAAAAAAGUAGUCGAAGGUCUUUUAUGGUAUCCACCACAACAUUGGUACAGGGCCUUUUUUGACACUGUCUGCAAAAACUACUCCUGUGA